GCUCAUUUGACUCUCUGUCGCACGGGAAGAGAAGACUAAAACUGUUCUUUGGGGAUUUAGAUAUUAUCUUAUGAAAAACAAAGGGAGAAUAUCACUCUAAACAAGGGCAACAUGACUGAAGUGAUGAGCAUGGCGGAUGUGUCAACAGACACCCAUAUGAACAACACAGAAAGCAUGAACGAUAUUGCUGAUGUUGAUUCAGAGAACACAGUUAAUGAGGAAAAUCACAAAGAAGAAACACACGACAUGUGUUGUGCGCCUGAAGAGGUGGAGAUGAACAGCGCGGCAGAUGAACCAAAGGAGACAGAGUUACCCGAGAAGGAAAAGCCAAAACAGGAGACCGGCAGGGCGAGGAAACGAGAGAGAGUUCAGAAAACGAAAGAGGAAGACACCAGCCAGUUGGAGAAUGAAGAAAAGGCUGAUGAAUCACAUGAUAUAGAUAUCACAAAUAUGUCAGAUGUGGCACUAAAACAAGAGAAACUGCUCAAAACAUCAAAGCCCGUACAGAGGAGUUACAUUCCCAAGUUGGGGAAAGAGGAUGUAAAGAACAAAUUUGAGGCCAUGCAGAAAGCUAGAGAAGAGAGAAACCAAAAGAGGAGUCAGGAAGAGCAGAAGAAGCGCAGAGAGCAGUACGUUAAAGAGAGAGAGUACGGCCGCAGGAAACAAAUGAUAAAGGAGCUCCUUGCCUCUAGCGAUGAAGAGGAAGAGGUGAAACCCACAAAGAUAGAGAAAUCCUAUGUUCCCAAGAUCACAGGCAGCGUGAAGGGGAAGUUUGCCGAGAUGGAGAAACAGAGGCAGGAGGAGGAGAGGAAGCGAACAGACGAGGAGAGGAAGAAGCGAGCCGCGCAGGAGGCCAUCGAGAAGGCCAAGAUCCAGAAGGAGUUGGCCAAGAAAGCCGAGGAGGAAGGUGAUGACAGUCUUUUGGUGCGAGUGGUGCCUGCGAAAUCGCAGAAACAACCAGGAAGAAUCAAAAUCAACUUCGAGGACAUGGAGAAGAGCCGAGAAGAGGAACUAAAGAAACGAACCGAGGAGGAGAAGAUGAAGCGGUAUGAUGAAAACCGGCGGUCCGUCCGAGAGUCUAAACGUCGCUCCGUUGUUGAACAGCUGGACGAUGGAGAGCCUCAACCCAAAGAGAAAGAGCAGGUGACUCCUGGAAAAUUGCGUCUGACCUUUGAGGAACAGGAGAAAGAGCGACAGGAACAGCAGAGAAAACAGGCGGAGGAAGAGGCCCGGCGAAGACUGGAAGAAGAAAGAAAAGCUUUUGAAGAGGCCAAGCUGGGCAUGGGUCAGGAAGAUGAGGACACUCAGGACACACAUGGAGAGAAGGAAGAAUUCAGACCAGGAAAACUUCGACUCAGUUUUGAAGAGCUGGAAAGACAGAGGCUGGAAGACGAACAUAAGCGGGUUGAGGAAGAGAGGAAAAGACGCAUUGAAGAAGAAAGAAAGGCCUUUGCUGAGGCCAGAAAGAGCAUGGUUAUAAAUAGUGACGAUGACAUCCUGCUGGCCAUGAUCAACUCAGACGGGGCCAAACCCGGGAAGUUGGCCAUUAGCUUUGAGGAUUUGGAAAGACAGAGACAAGAAGAGGAGCAGAAACGCAAAGAGGAGGAGGCCAAGCGACGCCUGGAAGAGGAGAAAAGACUCUUCGCUGAAGCUCGAAAGAGCAUGAGCCCUGGAGUGGAUCAGGAUAAUAUGACUGGAUGUGGAGAUAAAGAAGUGCUGGAUGAGGAUGAAACUCUGGUGCGCACGGAGUCACAGGAAGGAUUGCACCCAGGAAAGCUUGAGAUCAACUUUGAGGAGAUGCUGAAGAUGAAGGAGGAGACAGAGCGCAAGCGCAAGCAGGAGGCCAGACGGCAGAAAAUGGAGAUGGAGAAGAAAGAGUUUGAACAGUUGAGACAAGAGAUGGGCGAGGAGGAGAUUAAUGAAAGCUCUGAGGUGGUGAGCGCAGAGUACGAGGAGCUAACCAAGUUAAAGCGAACUGGCUCCAUCCAGGCCAAAAGCCUGAAAUCCAAAUUUGAGAAGAUCAAGCAGCUCACAGAGGAGGAGAUCCAGAAAAAGAUCGAAGAGGAGCGAGCAAGACGGAAAGAAAUUGAUGAGCAAAUCAAGGAGAGAGAGGCUGAGCGCUGUCAGGAGGAUGAAGAUGAGGACAAAACAUCCCCAGCUAAAGCAGAAGACGUCCCGUUCAGACAGAAAGUGGACAUGCGUGCACGGUUCGAACAAAUGGCAAAGGCCCGAGAAGAGGAGCAGAAGAGAAAAAUCGAAGAGCAGAAAUUACAAAGGAUGCAAUUCGAGCAACAGGAAAUUGACGCCGCUCUCCAAAAAAAAAAGGACGAAGAGGAGGAAGAAGAGGGAAGUAUUAUCAAUGGGUCUGCUGCCUACGAGGACGAAGAGGACCAUGCCAGGUCGGGUGCUCCGUGGUUCAAAAAGCCCCUGAAGAACCAGUCUGUGGUUGACGCUGAGCCUGUGCGGUUUACAGUGAAGAUCACGGGGGAACCCAAACCAGAGGUCACCUGGUGGUUUGAGGGUGAGCCGCUGCCAGACUCUGAAGAUUAUCAGUACAUCGAAAGAGGUGAAACCUACUGCCUGUACCUGCCGGAAACGUUCCCGGAGGAUGAAGGAGAGUACAUGUGCAAAGCCGUCAACAGCCGAGGCACCGCCGCCAGCACCUGCAUUCUUACCAUUGAAACUGAGGACUACUGAUGCUCUCCUUCUCUGGACUUUCCCAGACUUUUUUUCCUUUUCUAAAGUUCAUUUCUCACGGUAGGGCCAAAAACCGAGGAGGAAGGAGCGGUGUUUCUUUUUUUUUUUUUUGCCAUUCCUCCCAAAGAUACGCUCAAUGAUGAAGUGCAAUCUGUUGUUUACAUUAGAUGCUGCACUUACUGUUAACAAAACAAAAAAAAACUCCGUAUUUGGGAUGAAUUUGUGCCAAAACACAGAUACCGUUCCCAUGGUCUUCAAACGUAGCAUAGUUGAACCUAGUUAAAUACAUUUUAUCAUGAACGACAUAUACCCACUGUGAUGCUGAGGAAGGUUUUCAUACCUACGUUAUUGAAUGAAUGAGAAGUAACUUUAGUUUGAUUUAGUGUCUGUAAAUGGGGCUGUGGUUACAUUUUUAAAAUUCCGUUAAGCACCUCUGUUCAGGCUCAGAUGUUUGUUUUUUCCACAUUGUGAUCUGAGUUUGACAGUUUUGAGUAAAAAUGUACACAUGGAGCUUUGAUAACCCCAAAUGUUUUUAUGUUUCAAAUUACAAUGUAGUUAAGGUAAUGUAUGGACUGUGUAUGUAGGCUAGCAAGAUGUGACUUUAGGUUUUAGGCAGAAUGUUUGUGGUAUGUACAAAAUUCUAAUAAAAUUCAUCAACUUUGA